UUUGUUUUAGUCAUAUACAAAGAUAUGCUCAAUAUGUGUAAGCCAAUUCCUUAUACUACGCAUGUGUAUAGCAAGGUCACAUGUUCCUUGUUGACAACAAAACGGCACCACAAUGGCACUGCAGGAACCUGGUGUUCUUCUUCAAUACCAAUGCGAUGAAAGUUCAGAAUACGACAAAGAUCAGUCUGGUGAUCACACCGAACCAGUGCCAAUACUGUAUAUUGAAGUAACGGACGAAACAUGUGUUGCUCAGAUGGAUCCAGGCUUCCUGCCAAACGAUGUGAUACUGGUAGUCGAAGAAAAAAAUCUUCAUGUAAACAAAGCCUUACUAGAAUCAGCUUCACCUGUUUUUGAGGCUUGGCUUAAGAAAGAGUGGCAACAAGACGAGUGCUCUGACGACACUAAAAGGAAGCUGGAGUUCCAUGGGAAAACAUAUGAUGAGAUGGCCACAUUCCUAAAAUGCCUUCUGCCCUUUUUCCCUGACAAAGUUACAGAUACAAAUCUGGAUACAGUAAUACCUUUAGCAGAUGAGUAUCGGACAGAAAACUUGAUCACAGAAUGUGUUGAUGUCAUCCGACAACGCGUGGAGUCUGUCUCCGAGGCGGAUAUAUACAUACCGCCUUUUCGGGUCGUCACAUACCUACGCUGGAUCGACCGAUAUAAUCUCCACACGGGUAAAGAAUCUGUCGUGAGGUUAGCUUCAUACCUGAAAACCGAAGAGCUAAAGGCAGUUGCAGACUACGAAAAUGUCAGCCUAAGGCUUCAACUGGAAGUAUCUAAUGCCAGAGCCAAGCUACUUGAGAAUCUAUUUGUGUUCAGUGUAACAGAAGCUGAAAAAAAGAUGUACCAGUUUAAAAUCCCAAUGUCCUCUCAUUAUAUGGCUGGAUGGAAAGAUAAUUUAGCAGAACUUGUGAAGGCGUUUCUCACAUCAUCAACAACAUCACAAAAACCGACCUCAGGGUUUCACCAAACAAUUACUACACCAAGAAGGUCAACAUUGCAGACGAGGACUUCAGUCCAUUUUGGCGCAACCAAUACGCCGUUAAUUGAUGACCUCUCCUGGGAAGCGAAUAACAACAUAAAGCCGCAAAUCUCACCAUCAAUUGUUGCCGCCUUUGCAUGUAUAUCUAUUUGUGAUCGGUUUAAGUUCUCAAAAAGCUAUGCCAAAAGCAUAAGCAGAUUACUUUCACUAGGUAUUUCCAAGUCAGAAUUCAAAAAUCUUUGGGCAGCACAUUAUUUGACCGACAGUGAUAAAGUACGUGAUGGCAUGGAACGACAUGUACUUCAGAUGUGCAAAUGCACUUGCAAUUAUUAAGUCUUUGAUACGGAUUGUAUACAUAUAGAAGAAUCACACCAGACACUGAAAUCAAAAAUCAUACAAUCUAUAAUGAAGUGGUGUGCAACAAAUUUAAAAAAAAAAUGUGUUAUAAUGAGCUGGGAUCACAAAUAAUCAAUACGUGGUAAGCGCUUACCGAUAUAUGUCGCAGAUUACACUGGUUUGAUUUUAUUUACUCCCCAUUUAGGACAAAGACGAAUUAUAGUUCCUCAACCGGAGUUAUUUGUACCCGAAAUAUUACAUUUAAAAACAGACAAACUGGUUGUUCCUCAUAAACAAAAAAUCUCCUUUUUGUCUCAAUACAUAAGUAUACUAUCGUUUAAAACAAACAAAAGUAUGCCAUGCUUAAAUUAAAAUCCACACCACAUAUGUAAUAUAGUAUUCAUAGCAAUUAAUUUGUGUAAAUAUUGUUACUCGAUUUCGUUUCAUUGUACACUUUUCCUUGUGUGACAUUUUUAUAAGCAAAGAUGAUAAAAGGGCUCAUAUUUCAUGAUAUGUAAUCACUAAAUGGUGCAUUAUUGUGACAUUGUACAGAUGUAGUUACUUGAAAUAUCAGUUACACUGUACUUAUGUAAUUACUUGUAAUAUCGGUGACAUUGUAUAGCAGUUGUAGCCUUUGACUGAGGUCGAUAAAUCCAAAUAUUGACCGAAGUUAAAGACUACAAUUGUUUUAUCAUUUUACAAAACAGUAACGUAAGCAAUCUGAAAAAAUCACAACAAACAAACUUCAGAAGUGGGACAGUGCAUUGUUUGGAGAUACGUUAUAAUUCCAUUUUAGAAAUACCCAUUCCUUCAACAAAAAUCAGGCGCUCCAAGUCAAUAUCGGUUUUUAUCGAUGGACACGUGAUGCACU